AUGGAGCCUGAUGAUUUGGAGAACGCAUGCCCUGCGGAUAAGUUUAUAGAAGGAAGUCAAACUAAUCGAAGAUUGGAUUUUGAUCAAGGUAUAGAUUUAAACACUUCUUUAACUGAUGAACUUAUUGAAGAGCCAGAAAAUACUAGAAAUGUUGAUGAAAGUAUUGAAGAGCCAACGAAUACUAGAAACGUCGAUUUAAUGCAUUUUAGAAUACGAAAAGAAGAAAUUCCUGUCGUUGGAAUGGAGUUCGGAACCGAAGAUGAUGCAUUCAAAUUUUAUAAUGCAUAUGCUUUUAUGAUGGGUUUUAGUGUUAGGAAAAGUAGAACACAUUUAUUCCAAGAUGGCAAAUUGAGAGACAGACUUUACGUUUGUUCAGCCCAAGGUACCCGCGAAGAAGAUAAACGCGAUGAUACUGUACAAAAUCACCGAGCAGAAACGAGGUUUGGGUUCCUAGCAGAAAUGAAAAUUAAUCGCACACCCGAUUGUAAGUAUCGUGUUAGUAAAUUUUUUCCGUAUCAUACACAUGUGACUACAACUCCUAGUAAGUCUCAUCUUUUUAGGUCACACAGAAAGCUAAAUAUCGCAAAUGCAGCUCAAGCUGAUAUGGCUGAUAGUUCAGGAAUUGCUCCUAAAGAGGCUUUUGAGUUUAUGAGUAGACAAGCUGGUGGUCGUGAGAAUCUUGGGUUUAUACCUAUUGAUCAUAAAAAUUAUUUACGUACUAAGCGAACAAGAAAAAUAAAAUAUGGAGAGACAGGUGGUGUAUUAGAAUAUCUACAAAAAAUGCAAGUAAAUGAUCCUAAUUUCUAUUCUGCUAUACAAGUUGAUGAAGAUGAUUUGAUAACUAACAUUUUCUGGGCUGAUGCAAGGAUGAUGUUAGAUUAUGAUCUGUUCGGCGACGUAGUAUGUUUUGAUACUACUUUCAGGAAAAACAAAGAAGGACGACCCUUUGCCAUGUUCGUCGGAGUGAAUCAUCAUAAACAAUCAAUUAUUUUUGGUGCUGCAUUAUUAUAUGAUGAAUCUGCAGAAACUUUUAUCUGGUUGUUUGAUACUUUUUCCAAAGCUAUGUCUGGAAAAAAGCCAAAAAGUAUUUUCACUGACCAAGACGCAGCAAUGGCUAAAGCAUUAGCUUCACAGUGGCCAGAAUCAUGUCAUCGGUUGUGUAUUUGGCAUAUUUAUCAAAAUGCUGCAAAGCAUCUUAGCCACGUGUUUCAUAAAUUUACCAACUUCGCAACUGAUUUCACAAAUUGUGUCUAUGAUUACGAGGAUGAAGAAGAAUUUACAAAUGCUUGGUUUAAGAUGCUUGAAAAAUACAAUCUCAAUGGAAAUGAUUGGCUAAGAAGAUUAUAUGAUCUAAAGGAAAAAUGGGCACUAGUUUAUGGGAGAGACACCUUUUGUGCUGAAAUAACCACCACUCAACGCAGCGAAAGCUUAAAUAGUCUUGUAAAAAGAUAUGUCAGCUACAAGUAUGAUCUAUUGCGUUUUUUCGAGAAUUUUGAAAGACUAGUGGAUGAUCGUCGUUACGAAGAAAAAAGGAUGGAUUUUAGAGCGAGCCAAAGUACUCCUACAUUAUCAUUUCCAGUAAAAAUUUUGAAGCAUGCAGCAAGUGUUUAUACACCAGCAGUAUUCAAGUUGUUCCAGAUACAACUAUGUAGAGCUCAUGAUUGUUCCUUUAGCUGCUUUAACGAUGGUGAAAGUGAAACAUUAAGUAAAUAUAAAGUUAUUCCACAUGGGAAAAAAUACCACCGCACAGUCAUUUAUGACUCGAAAAAUAAUAAUGUUUCAUGCAGCUGCAGGAAAUUUGAAUUUGCUGGUUACUUGUGCUCACAUGCUUUAAAAAUCCUUUGUGUAAAGGAUAUUAAGAGCAUUCCUGAUCAGUAUAUUUUGAAGAGAUGGACAAAAGAUAUUAAGUGCGUUAGCACGAAAAUCGGUUCAAAUCUUCAUGAAAAAAGAGAGUCAAGGGAAAAUGUCGUAAGGAGAUAUAAAGAGUUGUGUAGAUCAUAUAUUCAACUAGCAACAAGGGCAGCUGAGUCUGAAGAGGUAUAUGAAAUUGCCAAACUAGGACUGGAUACCACGUUGAAGGAAGUUGAUGCAAGUUUGAGGGGACUUACAAUUCAGGAAGACCCAAUAAACAAAGACAUCACAUCGGAAACUAGCGAUGACCCAAAGCUAGUUGUCACUGCUAUUCAUAAUAGCUAUCAAGCAGUAAAGGGGAUUAAAACAAAAGAGAAGGCAACUGGUACUACUUCCGUUAGGCCAAAAACCGCUUUAGAAAGAGCUACACAACCAAAAAAACCUCGACAGACAGUUUUAGAUCCUCAUGAACACCCAUCUGCACUUCCACAUCAAAUCCAACAGGAACCAAAUUCAUUUACUGGAACCAUGGGAAUAUAUAGCAGUCAAAUGUUGCCGAUGCCGUCAUCGACAUUGAUACCUCAACGUAGUAGCCAUGAGCUACCGAUGCACCUACCCAUGUCUCUGCCUUCGCAUGAUUUCUAUAUGGGAACCAUGCCUACAUUGACGUCUGUACCUAUCUAUAGUAAUCCUAUGUUACAGACAACUCUACCUUCAAACAAUGUGCCGCAAUGGUAUACGGGAGGUAGUGGAGGCUACAAUACUACAAGCAAUUAUCAACAACAUUCCAAUGGCAUGGUUAACUUCUUACAGGAACAAGUGCAACUACAAACAAGACAAGGCAACGAGCAGUUGAAUAACCUACAUCCCCGCAGCUACCAAUGA